GUCCGUGUUAUCUGUGAAACUCUUAACAUCCACGGCGAGUUGAGCUUGAAGUUGAAGGUUGCCAGCCAUACUGCUGGUCUGCAUUGUACAUCGACUCAAAUGUUUGGCUUGCAAGCUCUGCUGAAUUGAAGUAUUGGUGGUGAAUGGCCCUGUAAAUGGCUAGCACCUGUGAUACGCCUGUUCUUCACCGCUCACCGCAGCUUUAAUGCUUCCAGUGUCAGCAGCAUGUAAUGCGCUAUUUCUGCAUCGGACUGGGCUCACGAGCAAGGCGCAGAACACCUCGUGCGCGGUCGGGUCAGCCGGGCUUGCCUCCAACGCGGCCUCCUCCGCCUACUGCACCGUCUGCGGCUGCUACCAGUGGCAGUGCUGCCAUCGCCAGCUCCUUUGCGCGGCGGCGCUCAGGGCGCGGCGCGCGCCGUGCCCCGCCGCAGGCGCAGCGGCGGCGCCGCGCCCGCCCCAUGCCGCAGCCCCGGGCGGCGGCGACGAUGACCCCCGGCGCGGCGCCGCGGCCGUGGCCACGAGUGCCAGCAGUGGUCCAUCUGCCGCCGCUGCAAGCCGAGGCAGCGGCACUCGCGCGCCGCAGCCAGCCCGCUGCUUUCUGCAGUCGCCGUCAGCGCGUGGCAGCGGCAGCUGCAGCGGCGGCGGCGGCGUAGCGCUAGUCGACCUCAGCACCGCGCCCGCGCCGCCGCCGCCGCCGCCUCCGUCGCGCCCGGCUGCAGAUGGCGGCGCACUAGGUGAUCAGGGCGCCGGUCAGUCGGCGCCGCUGCUGUCUGACCUGUACGGUUUCGGGGCUGCAGACUCGGUGCUGGCGGGUGCGGGCUGCUUGGAGGCGGACCAGGCGGCGGUGCGCUGCGGUGUGUGGCGGGACCCGGACUGUGGCCACAUGCAAGAGGCUGCGGAUAGCGGGCUGCUGGCGACCGCAGAGGAGGAGCAGGAGGUGUGGAUGGGUUCGCGGGAUGACUCCCGCGCCGCUGUCGAUCCCCCGGGCUGCCUGCAACAGCAGCAAUGCGGGAGCAGCAGUAGUAGCAGCAGCAGCAACAGCAGCAGCAGCAGCAAUAGGAGCAGCUAUGGAAGUAGCAGUCCGGGAUACGCCUUCCGCGCGGCGCUGCGCUCCGUCACGUGCCUGGACGAGCUGGAGCAGCUGCUGCAGCUACAGCCUCCUGUGGCAGCAGCAGCCGGCAGUAGCAGUGGCAGUGGCAAUAGCACCACCCCGGCACCGGAGCAGACGCCGCAGGAGUUCCUGCAAGCCCUCAGUGUGGGCUCGCUGACGGCGGUGUUCAGUGCGCUGCCGCGGCUGCGAGAGGCCAGUGGCUGUGGCGGUGGCGGCGCAGGGCGGCGGCGGCUGAGGCGGCUGGUGGUAGAGGACCUGCGGCCGGCGGUGCUGGCGGCGGUGCGGCGGCGGCGGCUCGAUGGCGCCGGCGCUGCCAUCAUGGCGGGUGCGCUGGCGGCGCUGGGGCGUGAUGUCGUUUUGGAAGGUGGCGGCGGCAGCGCUGCAGGUGGUGGCGGCGGCGGCGCGGCAGCAGGUGGCGGCGCGCUGGCGGGUCUGGAGCUUGUGGAUGCGCUGGCGGAGGCGGGGCUGGCGGCGUGCGGGGCGCCGCUGCAGCUGCAGGCACAACGGUCCAGGGGCCAGGGGUGGGAGCCCGGGGGGCGAGCCGGCGCCGCUGCCACCGCGGACGGGUCCAGAGCCGCCGGCGGCCACACGGCCCGCUCCUACUCCACUCUGCUGUGGGCUCUGGCUCGCCUGGGCCACGUGCCUGAUGAGCGCUGGCUGGCGGCCUACGUGGCGGCCAGCGCGCCCUGGCUGAGGCGCCAGGCGGCGGCGGAGGCGGCCAGGGCGGCGGCGACAGCGGCGGCGGACAGGGCGCGCGCCGCCGCAGCCGAGGCGGCGGCAGCGGCCGCAGCGCAAGCAGAGGUGCAGGCGCAGGGUGGCACUGACGCGGACGCGGGAGCUGUGGCGGCGGCGGCGGCGGCGGCGGCUGAGGCGACGGCGGCCCAGGCGGCGGUGGCGGCGGCGGGCGGCGCUGCGGACUGGUUCCCUGCCCGCGACUCCUCGGCGGUGGUGUGGGCGCUGGCGGCGCUGGGCUACCGGCCCGCCGAGUCCUGGCUGGCGGCACUGCUUGAGGCGUGGGCGCCGCUGGAGGCAGGGGCGGAGGCGGGGGUGGAGCAGGAGCAGGAAGAGCAGGCGGCAGAGCUUGGGGAGGCGGAGGAGGUGGGAGAGGUGGGGCCGCAGGGGCGCGGCGCGGCGGUGCAGGGCGUACGGCGAUACGGCGGCGGGCUGCUGAACGGCCACUCGCUGUCACUGGUACUGUGGGCGCUGUGGCGGCUGGGCGUGGCGGCGCCGCCGGCCUGGCUGGACGCCGUGCUGGACCGCUGCGUAGGCGGCGCCGCCGGGCCCAUGGCGGGCGCCCGCGGCGCCGCCGGCAGCCGCCCUGGCGGCCCGUUCCCCGGCGCCAGCUGUCAGAGCCUGGGCCUCAUCGCGUACAGCCUGGCCCAGAUGCGGCACACGCCGCGGCCGCACGUGCGGCGGGCGCUGCUGGCGGCGGCGGCGGCUCCGGGUCUGCUGGCGGCGGGCAGCGCGCAGGACCUGGUGCUGCUGCUGGUGGGCGUGGCGCACUGGGUGCCGGCCAGGGGCUGGGCAGCGGCGGCAGGCGCAGGCUCGGGCAGCAGCGGGGGUGUCAGCAGUCAGCUGCUGCCGCUGCCGCUGCGGCCGGUGCCGGGGCAGCCGUCAGCGCCCUCAGCUACGCCACAGUCACCGCCUGCCGCGGACGACAGCGACGCGGAUGGCGACGGCCCAUGGGAUGCUCACUAUGCAGCUGGCCACCCGUCCAUCCCGGCCAUCGAUUCUGACUCUAGCGCAAACCGUAAGUCUGCAUCCCAGCAGCAGCAACCGCAGCGGCAGCAGCAGCAGCAGCAGCAGCAGCAGCGGCCUGUGCCAGCGGCCUGGCUGCGGCAGCUGUGUACCGAGCUGGGACGGCGCCUGCCCGCGCCCGGCUCCCACAGCACCCACGGCCCCCACGGCCUCAGCAGUCGCGGCUCGGGUCUCACGGGUCAGGCGCUGGUGCUGUCCCUCAGCGCGCUGGCACACCUGGGCUUCAGUCCGGGGGCGGUCUGGCUGGCAGCGCACGAGGCGGCGCUGAGGCCGCUGCUGGCGGCGGGCGCACUGGGGCUGGGCGGCGGAGGUGGAGGCGGAGGCGGGGCGGGAGGAGGGGCGGGCCGGGCGGCGGCGCGGCUGGCUGCGGCGUGGGCGCGGCUGCGGCACCGGCCCGGCCGCAACUCGGUGGACCGAGUGAUGAGGGCGCUGGUGGCGGCGGCGGCGGCGGACGGGGCGCGCGGCGCGUACGGCGGGGCUGCCGCUGCUGCUGGUGCGGGCGGUGCUGCUGGCGCAGCGGGCGAGCGACUGCCUGCACGGCUGUUUGCGGAGGGGCUGUACGGCCUGGCACUGCUGGUGGCGGCGAGGCGGCAGGAGCAGGAGCAGGAGCAGCAUGGGGAGCAGGAACACGAGCAGCACCACGGCAGCAGUGGCGACACUGAGGCGGCGACCGCGGCCGCGGCCCAUCCGGGUGCGCCUCCUGCUGCUGCCCGGCAGGCCCCGGCCCUGCAGUCGCCGCUGCUGGCGGCCGUGCACGUGCGCGCCCUGCUGGCGGCCUCCCGCUGCCGCCUGCCGCACAGCUACCUGGACCAGUGCCUGCUGCACCUGCGCGCCUGGGCCGCGCUGCGACUGGCGCCGCCGCACAGCUGGACCGCGGCCCUGGCGGCGGCGCUGGCGGGCGACGGCGGCGCCAAGCUGGCGGCGGCGCCGCCGGGUCAGGUGGUGGAGCUGCUGAGCCUGCUGGCGUGGCCGGGCUGGGCGCAGCUGCGGCAGCAGCCGGAGGGGCCGCACGCCGUGGCGGCGGCGGAGGCGGCGAGUGGCGGCGCUGCUGCCGGCGGCGCUCAGGCCGCAGGGCCGACCUCGCUGCAGCGCGUGGCAGUAGCCAGUCGCGGUGGCAGGAGCAGCAGCAGUAGCAGCAGCGCUAGCAAUGGCAGUAGCGGUGGCACUGGGCUGCGCGCCAGCUCGGCUCUGGUGGCGGCGGCGGCGCAGCGGCUGGGUCCGGAGCUGAGCCAGCUGUCACUGGGCCAGCUGUCAGACCUGGCGGCGGCACUGGCGGCGCUGGGCGUGCGGCCGGGCCGGGCCUGGCUGCGGCGGCUGCUGGCGGCGGCGCACAGCCGCGUCGGGUCGGCUCGGCCGCGGCCGCCGGCGCUGCAGUCUCUGCAGGGGCCGGGCGAGGCGUGGGGCGAGGCAGGCCCAGUGGCGGAGCGGCUGGCUCGGGACUUGUGUGUGCUGGCGGCGGCGGUGGGGGACCCCGAGCUGCGGCUGGCGGCGGCGCAGCUGGCGGCGGGGGUGGCGGCUGGUGGCAGAGCUGUUGCAUGUGGCUCUCAGCCGCAGCCGCACACAGGCAUGGGCGCCGGGGCCGGCGGCCUGCGCCCUCCCGAGCUGCUGCGGGUGCUCCAGGCGCCCACGGGGGCGUCGCCGUGGGCCGUGGCGGAGGUGGAGCUGGACCCGAGGCAGGAGCGGGAGCGGCAGCAGCAACCGCGGGCGGCGGUGGUGACUGCAGCCGCCGCGGCGGGGCCGUGUGCUGGCGGCAGCUGAGGAGGCGCGGCUGCUGCUGCAGUGGUGCGCACACUUGCUAGCGGAGUGAGUCUCCCGUGCGCCGUGCUGUGUGCUGCGUCUUGGUGUGUGGCAGGAUGGAUGUGCUGUUGGUGCUGUUGGUGUGGGCGUUGAUGUGUUGAUGAUCGCGCCACAUCGGUAUUCAAUGUGCAUGGAGACUCAACCAUGGUAUUUAAUGUCCUUAUGCUUACUUACGAUGCGCUUUUUGUAGGGUUCGUGUUGUGGUGUGUACGCUGCAGGAAGACAGUGAGGAGUGUUCGCUGGUAACGCGGGGACCUCGGCGUAUGUUUUGCAAUGUAGCCGAGAGCACAUUUCGCCUAGAGCUGUGUAGGAGGCUUGGAGCAAGGAGGUGAGGCGAGAUCAGUGAGUUGCCGCACACGCGAAGGAACAAGGUAGCUAGAGUGAAAGGAACAAGGUAGAGUAGCAAGCUCGAGACACAGAAUUUACAGGACACAGGCAGACUGCAGACAUACAGAGAGGUAUGAGGGCCGUGCUGCUGCUGGUGCGGGGGCAUGCACAUGGGGGGCUGGUCGGCUGACAUGUAUCUUGUUGCUCCCCAGCCCCGUGUCCCUCCCUCCCUAC